UUCUAUAUCUAUUCUUCCACCAGGCCACCUCCACCACUACUACAACUAGUAUAAAGAACUUUAUCAUUUCUACAUCUCUUUUUCUCAACUCCUCUCAAUUCGAUCUCUUCUCUAAACGAAAAAAAGAAAUCUCUGAUUUUUGAAUCUCUUUCUAUUACCAUCUCACAACCACAAAUGAUACCAAUAAAGCUUGGCCACAGAUGCUUCAAGUUUAGAUAUCAUUCAUGUCUAGUUUCUUUCAAUAUAUCAAAUCUUUCCAUUCAGUCUUCCAAUUUGAUAUGAUCGUUUUAGCUUCUGAUUUUUCCUAUAUUACCCUUAGCUAAGAUACUUAAAUUCUUCACAACUUUUGUUUGAUAGUUAGUUAUUAAUAUUCCCUUCUAGCUACGUUAUUCUCUUUUCAAUAUAUAUCCAUCUCCCAAAUGGUUGCAAACGAUUACGACUCAUGUGCUGUUGUUGAAAUGGGUUGGAAUCGUAGGAUAGUGCUCAUCAGUUCGAUAUUGUUUUGGCUCUUGUUCGUAGUAUUCCCAUUCGAAAACCACGAAGGGAAGCCUGUCAAUUAGCAGAAGAUUAUUUAGUUUUCCGUUCAUAAGUAUAUAAAGUAAUUAAUAAGUAAACAAGAAGGAGAUUAAUAGCUCCUGUUUCUAUAGAUUAUUCGCAAGUUUUUUCAGUGUGUUACAGAAUGUUUGAUCACAUUCAAAAUCAGGCAGAGCAAAGAGAAGUAGAAGAAGGUACGCCGUCAUCAUCAGAGUAUGGAUACGUAGAAAUUGAUCCCUCCGGUCGGUAUGGACGUUUUAAUGAAGUACUGGGGAGAGGAGCUGUGAAAACAGUGUACAAAGCAUUCGAUAGAGAGAAUGGAAUGGAAGUUGCGUGGAACCAAACUAAACUUAACCACGUAUUUGAAUCAUUUGAUGCAAUACAGAGACUCUACUCUGAGGUUCAUCUACUCAAUACUCUCAAACAUGACUCCAUCAUUCACUUCCACAAAUUUUGGGUUGACACCGAGCAUCGAACAUUCAACUUUAUCACCGAAAUGCUUACUUCUGGUAAUCUCAGACAGUACAUAAAGAAAUACAAGAAUGUUGAUGUUAAAGCUGUUAAGAAAUGGGCUCGUCAAAUAUUGAAUGGACUUGUUUAUCUUCAUGAACAUGAUCCCCCAAUUAUUCAUAGAGACCUCAAAUGUGAUAAUAUAUUCGUUAAUGGGCAUCUUGGCCAAGUUAAAAUUGGUGAUUUCGGCUUUGCUGCAAUCCUUCGCGAUUCUUCUCAUGCUCAUAGUGUCAUAGGUACACCAGAGUUCAUGGCACCAGAGAUGUUCGAAGAAGAUUACAAUGAGUUAGUAGACAUCUACGCGUUCGGAAUGUGUGUAUUAGAGAUGCUUACUUCUGAGUACCCUUACAGCGAGUGUACAAACACUACAGAAAUCUACUACAAAGUUACAAAGGGGAAGUUGCCAAGUGCGUUAUUCAGGAUAAAUGACCUUGAAGCCAAGCGUUUUGUCCAGAAAUGUUUAGGUACGGCUUCAAAGAGGUCACGAGCUAAAGAACUCUUGCUUGAUCCUUUUCUUGCAUGCGAGGAAGUGGAGCAGUUGCCUAGUACUCCAAGACAGAGAAACAACCGACCCUACAUGCAGCCGUCGAUCGAACCUACUUGGAGUAGUAACAUGACAAUUAUAGGGGAACUCGACCCCGAAGACGAUGAUAUUAUAAAUCUCAAAGUACAGUUCGCUAACAAAUAUGGUCGUAUCAACAAGGUCGAAUUUCCUUUCAAUAUCCAUAGUGAUACUUCAAUUGAUGUCGCAACUGAAAUGGUGAAAGACCUAGAGAUCCAUGAUCGAGAGCCGUCAGAGAUUGCUAAAAUGAUUUCAUCCUUCGUUCCAGAAUGGAAGGACUGGGACCUUCAAGACCAAAACCAUCCUAGUGAUGAUGUCGAUGAUCACCACAGUUAUAGUUAUGUAGAUGAUGAUGACGAAAACAAUGGGUCUAACCACCAACCCCAUCCGUUUUACAAAUUUUCUUCAUGUUCUUCUUCUGAGACCUCCCUUUCCGGUCUACUACCUCCGAGUGCGACUCACAUUCCUUACAGAGAAUACACUCAGAGUGCAGCUUUCGGCUCUGACUGGCACCAAGAUGAUGAUGAUGAUGCCAGCUCACAAUGCUCCAUACACUCAGGAAUGUACUCGAACAUAAAUUAUCAAUCAGCCAGCGAAUUACAAGGUCAACUGUUAAUGACACCCAAAGGUGCAACAACAAGAUUCUGUCCAGAAACAACCGGUAACGAAAAGCUACAUUUGGGAAGUGAAAGUCAUUACCAACCAGAGUUCGCUUAUCCAAUGGCUUACCAAAACCGUGCCCGGCUAACAAAGAAUAAAUCAUAUGUUGACUUGAGAAGCCAAUCGUUACACCGCUCAGUGGUUGAUGAGGUUAACAGAAGAAGGUUGUUUAAGACGGUUGGAGCAGUUGAGAACAUUGGAUUUCAAUCUCCCAGUGAUCAAGUUGCUUCAACGCCCUCAUCAUCAAAGGACAAGAAGGUGUCGUCCACAGGCGUGACGGUUGGAGCACUUGAGAACAUUGGAUGGCGAACACCGAGGGAUCAAUUUAUUGCUUCAACAUCCUCAUUAUCAAAGGGUAAGAUGAAGGCGUCACCCACAGGCGUGACAAUUGGAGCAGUUGAGAACAUCGGACGACAAACACCAAGCGAUCCAUUAGCUUCAAUAUCCUCAUCAUCGAAGGGUAAGAUGAAGAUGUCAAACACAGGCAUUGGUUGGUUUGGUAAAAAGAAGAAAUAAUUUACUAUCUCUUGCUAUAAAUUGAUCCUUGCAUGUACAUAUGCAUAUAUAUGAGUGUUGUGGUGAGAAUAGUUCAGCAGUUUGUAUUAAGAAAACUUUACAAGAAUAAAAGAAUUGGCGUGGGUGUAUGUUUGUGGUUCACUUGCUAGUUAAGACAAACAAAAAAGAAGGAGAUGUGUAUUAGCCA